AUGGAUCCUCGAAGACCUGCAGUACACCGCUCCCCUCAGCAGGCUCCAGCUGCCAUACCUGCGGCCCCCUACCCAGACCAAGGUCACAACCAUUCACCAGGUCUUCCUCACAUGGACCCACACUACCUGUGUACUCCUCAUAGCCUGGGGCCAUCAUAUGGCUCAGACUAUGGAGGUGACAGCUCCAGUAUUUACACUGAGAGCAACUAUGGGCAAACGCCUCGCCGCGUGCUAAUGGAUCCUGAAACGGGGAAGUAUUUUUAUAUUGAGGUCCCCGUCCAACCCCUGAGAAAGAUGCUGUUUGACCCUGAGACGGGUCAAUAUGUUGAAGUUCUGAUCCCUCAGCAGGCUAUGUCCCACUCAGGCUUGUAUCCACCCUCAUCAGCGAAUUAUCCCCCUUUGCACAACACCAACAUGUAUGCCCCAGCACCUCAGUACAUGCCCUAUGCAGCGCCUCCUCCCCAGUCUCAACCACCGCGUUACCCUGAGUCUUCGGCCACAGCUACCAUGCAUCCACACGGGCCUGGCGUGGGCUACAGGAAUCCCUCUGGUCAGGGAUCCAAAUUAGAGAACCAGGGCCACCCACCAGUGGACCCAAACUACUUGGAGAGCAUGUACUAUGUGCCCACGGGAAUGAAUGCAAGCCCUAAUCCCACCCCUCCUGAGUAUUACCACAAACACCCCUCUAUGCACCCCAAUAGUGGGAGCAAACGCUCCUGA